AUCGUGCGACCAGUCUGUGCGGUUUGCGUUCUAUCUCGCGUUUGAUUACGUUGUAGAAACAAACCAUUUGUAAACAAUUGAAUUUGGGUGGCGAUUGUGGGGUUUAAAGGGCCGAUUUUAAGCGAAGAAACCAGUUCAAUCAGUGAAACCAUUUUCGUUGGUUAAAUCAACCAAAGUGUUUUUCUGGCCGCAAAUGCCGAUGUUAUUAAAUUUUAUUUUAAUAUUCUAGAUCGAAGGAGGCCUCCAAGUGAUAGAUUAGCGCAAAAACCUAAAGAAAAGUAGGCAUUUUAUUAGUGUGCAAGUCAAGUGCAGUGUUCUUGAAAAGAAUCUUAGUAAAAAGCGCUCAAGUGGAAAAGUUUUUAUUGCGAGAAAACGGUUCGGAAGUUGCAGUAAAAUUGCGUCGAAACGCUUCGCUUGAAGUGAAAAAAUGAGCACAGAAGCGGAACUUCGACGGCGAAUUGUCGAGGGAGAUUUUGUGGGGGAAUCUAAAGUCAAGCCUCAGGAUAGCACUAAACAGGCGCCACAGGAAUCGACUACGGCAGAAAGCUCCGACCACGUCGAUUCCGAAGAAGAAAAGUUACCCGAAGAAAAAUAUGUUGAAGAAAUGGCCAAAACAAUACCGCAAGGAACAGACAAGACUCCAGUGGUUCUCUCCGAAGUGCUCAGUGGACUACCGGAUAAAUGGAGAAAUUGGGUGAUAAGAGGCAUCUUUACAAUGGUAAUGAUAGGUGGAUUUGCUAUCAUUGUUUACUGUGGUCCGCUCGCGCUGAUGAUUACGGCCCUCUUGGUGCAGGUCAAAUGUUUCGAAGAAAUCAUCAACAUAGGCUACUCUGUCUACCGGAUCCAUGGCCUUCCGUGGUUCCGCAGUUUGUCCUGGUACUUCCUUAUCACUUCCAACUAUUUCUUCUACGGCGAGAAUCUGGUUGACUACUUUGGAGUUGCUGUUAAUCAAAUUGACGCCCUUCGGUUCUUGGUCAAGUAUCAUCGCUUCCUGUCGUUCUGCUUGUAUUGCAUUGGAUUCGUAUGGUUCGUGCUGUCGUUGGUCAAGAAAUACUACAUGAAACAAUUCAGUCUUUUUGCAUGGACCCACGUGGCUCUGUUGAUUGUGGUCACCCAGAGUUACUUGAUUAUUCAGAACAUUUUCGAAGGACUGAUUUGGUUCAUCGUGCCCGUUUCGAUGAUCGUCUGCAACGACGUGAUGGCGUACAUGUUUGGGUUCUUCUUCGGCCGGACACCGCUGAUUAAGCUUAGUCCGAAGAAGACCUGGGAGGGCUUCAUCGGAGGUGGAUUCGCAACAGUGAUUUUUGGAUUGAUCUUUUCCUACUGGCUUUGUCAUUACCAGUUCUUCGUGUGUCCGAUACAAUAUAGCGAGUCCACAAGCAGCAUGAUGAUCAAGUGCGAACCAAGCUAUAUCUUUCAGCCACAGGAAUACAGCUUCCCUCUGUUUGGAUCAUACAGGUCAAUCACCAUCUAUCCGUUUAUGCUGCAUUCGCUAUCACUGAGCAUCUUCAGCUCUGUUAUCGGACCAUUCGGUGGAUUCUUUGCAUCUGGAUUCAAGCGAGCAUUUAAGAUUAAGGACUUCGGUGAUGUGAUUCCCGGACACGGAGGCAUUAUGGAUCGUUUCGAUUGCCAGUUUUUAAUGGCAACUUUCGUUAAUGUGUACAUCUCCAGUUUUAUUCGUUCGGCGUCACCACAAAAACUCUUGAACAUGGUUUAUAGCCUGAAGCCGGAACAGCAGCUAUAUUUAUUCAACCAACUGAAGGAGAGUCUUAUAGAACGAAACAUCAUCAAUCACUUGAACUAAAUUUUAGACUAAUAAUCAUCGACCUACUUAAAAGAGAGAAGGUCUAAGGCGUAUCGCUGUCGACAAGAAUUAGUAAUUGUACGUACUGAUUUAUAUUCAUAUAACUACAUAAAGGAUAUCCAUUCGUUUGACGCGUAGAGAAAGUGAGAAAAUACGAAAUAAACCAUCACUGAGAGAUCAAAUUAUUAGUGAAAUUGAUUAUUGUAUUAUGCAUUAGCAUUAGAGAGAGACAUAUGUUUAUCGCAUCGUUGCUAUCUAAAGUAUGGUUUUAUAAGCCAACCUCCAGGAAUAUAUAUUGAAGUCGCAACGCAUUAUUUGCAAUACUAUGAGUAGCUUGCCUCUUAUCGGCGUUGCUAGUGGAUUGAUUUUAAUAGAGAGUUAUGCAUGAUUUCAACGUAUGAUCGACGUCGGAUACAUAACAGCCGCUAAUUUUAUCGUGAGCAGCAGUUUUCUUCCACAUUCCGACGACACCACAAAAAACCGAAACAAUUGAUUUGCUUUAAUAUAUUUUAUCUUCAAUGCAUGCUCCUUUACAUCUAUCACAAACCAAAAAGCAGAUGUCUCAUAAUUGUAGGAAUGCUGGAAUAGUGCAAUUUUACGUCACUGGCCUUAUUCUGUUACCUUUGUUAAAUUGUUUUAGUUAAGUUACAGUAAAAGAGUAUUUCACGAGCGACUUCUACUUUGGCUAGGUGUUAGAGCUUUAUGAUUUUUCCUGAUGUAUAAAUAGAUGGUUCUAGGUUAUUAUUAACUAUUUUAAUAAUAAUUAAGUACGUUAUCCAUUGCAUAUUUUAUCAGUGUUCAAUGUGCAGUUCUCCGAUAAAGAAAACAAAAAUGUGAUCCUUUCUGUGCUUCGUCUCAAAACUAAAAAAAUAUCACACUUAUGACCGAAAUUUAUAUUUUUAAUAAAACACUUCAAUGUUCAUCAUCUUUCGGCGAUACAGGGAUGUUAUGUGACCCAAUACUUAUAGACUUUCGAGCAAAAGUUUGGAAUUUCUAUUUAAAAACUGUGCGUUUAUUCUAUUGAUUGAUUUCUGGCAUUUCACCAGUUCUUAUUUCGAUUAAUCAUGAAAAAGAUCGGAUAAUUUGCUUGAAUGCCAAUUGAAUGAAAGAAUUUGUGAUACUUUUUCUAUGACAGUUAUCCUUGCAU